UGAACUUUUUUAAUAGGGUGUUAUCGAUUUUCUAAUGGCUCUUUUAUGAAAUACCUUAACUACAGCGAAAAAAAGCCUAAAUUACAAAUUUCAGCACCAAUUUUCAAAGAAAACGAUAAAAAUUGCAAAGUAGAGGACAUGUUUGAAUAUACUCGAGAUGGCUACAACUGGACAACCACUGGUGGCGGUGACAGCCUUUUCUCCAUCGAAAGCGAAACUAAUUCCAGCAAAGUGUUAACGAUUGAAUCGAUGUACUUGUUGAAACAGUGGAAUGGUUCGUUGGUAAAGCUGAACGUUUCAUGUCAUGAGGAACAACACUGUGUUCUUCUUAAACUGCAAACUUUAUUCCAAAGACAUUCUUCAGAGGUACCUCCUAUAUCGUCGACUGACACUACAACGUAUACAGACUAUGACACCACUACACAUACAUAUACGGAUCAGUAUUCCUCGAGCCAUACAUUAACUGAUUAUUCCUUGAGCAGUACAACAGCCGCAUCCAUCAGUGAACACACUACGGAAAAGGAAGACACACCCUCUGUGACCUCUACAACAGGAAACUCUAAUCUUGGUCUCAGUGAAGAGUCAUCUGGGGGGGGAAACUCCACUGUUAUUCCUGUUAGUGUUACUAUUACACUUCUUUUAGCAGCCCUGGCAGUGGCAAUAGGAGUUUUAGUCUACUACCGAAGAAGAAAAAGGACACAAGUUCCGCAGAACAACGCUAACAAUCUUGGAGUUGUUAACUACAACAAAGAAAUUUAUGAAGAUCCUGAUCGAAACUAUGAAGGGAUAAAGGAGGAUGCCACCAGUUCUCAAUCUGUUCCUCGCUACAAUGGCAGCGGGUUAAUUACCAAUAAAAUAUCUCCAGAGUACGAGACACUAAAAGAAAAUGGUUACGAAGUAUCAUUCAAUCGACCAGGAACUUCCUCUGGCGCCAAUACCCACGUCAACACUGAUAUACCAAGAAAAUCAGAAGAAACAAAGAUGGCGCCUGUGAGAGGACCAGAACUGUACCACACUCUAGAACAACCGCCUUCUGAUGAUUUAUAUAACUACAUCGACGACACCAAAAUCAAAAACCCGUCAGCAUCACCUGAAUUAGAAUACACCUAUUCCAAAGACACUGAUAUACCCAAAAAUCCACGACAAAGAAGGGUUGCACCCAAAGAACCAGAACUGUACCAUACUCUAGAACAACCGCCUUCUGAUGAUUUCUAUAACUACAUCGACAACACCAAAAUCAAAAACCCGUCAGCAUCACCUGAAUUAGAGUACACCUAUUCCAAAGACACUGGUGUACCCAAAAAUCCACAACAAACAAAGAUUGCACCCAAAGGACCUGCGGUGUAUGAGACAUUAGAAAAUCUGUCCUCUGAUGACGUCUACAACUACAUUGACAACACCAACAUCGCAAAGCCAGUCACAUCGGAACAAGAGUAUACUUAUGCUAGUGACACAAACUUGCUAAGAGCUAGUCAAAAUGGAAAGAGAAAGCCUACUGCAAGUGAUGCAGUUUAUCAUACGUUAGAACAAGACCAACCGCUACCCUCCAGCUCUGAAAUCCCGUCUGAGAUGGAAUACUCGUAUGCGAAAUCCACCAAUUUACCGAGAAAGCCAUCAGCUACAAAUGAUGACGAGUACAGUUAUGCGAAGAACACUGACGUAUCGUCUAUGGGUAUUAAGCAAAAUAACACCGGAUCAUGUGCCCCUCCUACCGAUAAUGAUCUGUAUCACACACUGGAGGAACCAAACCAACCAAAUGUACCUGUUUAUUCAACUUUGGAAGAAGGUGAUGCAGAGAACGCGCAGGUGAAUGAAAAUAUGUAA